AAGCUUUGCUUUAUUUAGUUAAUAAUGGAAGGGAAUCGGAAUCUCAGUCAAGAGAUGCCACCGUCUUCAUCGGAUCCAGCCAUGGAGGGUAGUUGCAGAAGAACAAUGGGCUCCGAGACAUCUGGGCUCACCGGAGACAAUUUCAGAACUUUUGUUGAAGAAGAAGAAGAAGAAGAAGAGAUGGACAGCUUGAUGGCAGGAUCUAUGUUCACAGAAUGGACAGAUGAGAAGCACAGCCUAUUCCUCAAUUCCAUGGAAGAGUCGUUUGUUAAACAGCUACAUGACCACAAAGAUUUACUUGCUGGGCAUUCAAAGAAUGAAACCAUGGCCCAGGGAAACUCCUCAGGACAACUGAAUGAAAACAACCGUGUCUCUUCUGGCCAGUUUAAAGUUCUUUGGGAUGGCUGUUGGCAAAAGAUUAAUUUUGAAAAUACCCAACCUCAGUCGAUUGUUGCCACUGACCAUCACGGUCUAUCAAAAAAUCCAUGGAUCCAGCAUUUCAGGUGUGCUGGCAAACAGGUAGAAGUAAAAUCAGCCAUUCCAGACGAGAAUGAUUCACUUUUUAUCCAGUCUGUCUGCUUGGGAAGGACAAACAGAACGUCCAGUGGUGUGGUUACAAGUCCAAAGCGGCUCCCUGCAGAUCAGCCACAUUUGCAUCACCAGGGCUCUGUUGAGAGCAAUACAGAGGUAUCAGAUCAGAACUUCAUUGAAGAAGAUCAUGAUGGAGAGAAGUGUAGUAAUGUGUGCAGCACAAAGAGGAUGAAGACUGUCACUGAUGAUGUUUCAAGCAAAGAUCAAGUUGUUCCACAUGAGAAGUUUUCUUUAAUGAGAGAUUAUGAUGAGAAUUGCACUUCUCUGAGAACAGAAGAAACUGGUAGUAGUGGAUCCAAUCAGAAAAUAAAAUAGAUUUGUAGGCCCAAAAUCUAUACUUCAUAUAAGUCAUGAUCAUAAUCUCAAGGCUGGUGAUUGUGGUGUUAGUGAUAGCUACAACUUGCAACUGAAGUUUGAAGUUAUUGAAUCCAAGAAAGAGAAAAGGGAAAAACAGAAUGAAAAGUGAAUACAGAUAAGAUAAUUGUUACUCAUUAUGUUGAAGGGAUUGAUAAAUGAAGCUGACGGAAAGUAAAUUUAAAUUCACAGUGUAGGGUCUUCCAAGAAUUCGGGCAGACUAAACUGCUGCUAAUUGGUUCAUUGCUGGUGUUGCACGAGUAUAUUAGAGUGAAGAAGAAUUGAAGCUGAUGAGGCAUUUACAAAGAGUUUAGAAUUCCUUUAUGCAUUAUAUAUUUGCCAUUUAUUUCAAUAAAAGUGUGUGCUUUGAACUUCUUUGUAGGCAAAUACACUCUAUAUAAGAAUAGCUGUUGGUUCAGUUGAACUUGUACCCCCCACACUUAUUCUUACA